CGUGUGCGCACAGUAUACUUGCAUAUGGUGAUUGUUUGAUUGUGCGUGUUUGUGUGCGCGCAUUCAUAUGUGUGCGUGUGUGCAUGUGUGUGUGUGUGCGCACACCGCAUCAAGGGGCAUGCAUGUCUUUGUGUGACACAAAGGGAGGGAGAUAGAGAGAGAGCGAGUGAGAGAGAGGGAAGGAGAGAGAGAGAGAGAGAGUGUGAGAGUGAGAGAGAGAAAGAUGAGAGAGAGGUUUAGUAGCUGCUUGGGCAAACACAGUGUCCUGAUGUGGUGGCGCAUACUGUUCCUCCAGCAAGUUGUUUCAGGAUCCUUCAACUUUGUGGUAGGACCUGCUGGCCGGCUGUGUGUUGUUGGAGCCGCGGCCGUAGGGGUAACCCAGCACAUCUGACGGCUACCUGCCUUCCCCACCGCUCUCAUCUCAGUUGUUCCUCGUGUUUUUGAGGGGAGCAGCUUGUGGAGAGCCUCCAAGAGCCUCUAUCCUACUAGCGUUUCUGCUGGUCAACGUGCGCCGCUAGGCUGCUCUGGACUGUCUCGUGUGGACAAGGUUCUGUCAUCUGACCGUCUCCACGCCGUCACGCAUUCAACCGCCUAUCAUCUCUGUGACUGCCCCCUGUAGCGUUGCUUCUAGCCCAGUGCAGAGCCUGAGAUCAACCUCCUUCCAGAGCUCUCCUCCUCCCUUCCAUUCUCUCUCUGAUCCCCUGAUGGGCACCAAAGCAGACGGCCUCAGCACAUACCCUUCUCCUUCACUGCUGAUCACCUCCCAGUGCCCUUAACCACCAGAUCAACCCCGCCCCCACCUGCCGCCUACACCUAGACUAUCCUUAUGGAGACUAAAGUGACCAAGAUGAUGAUGUCGCCCAUGACGAUGAACAGAGGGAGCGAGAAGGACGAGGAAGAGAACGACAAGAGGGCGGAGGAGGAGGACAAGAAGAAGGAGGUGGUGGGCGAGGAGGAGGGGAGCCAGCAGGAGAAAGGGCGGCUGAUGCUGGCCGACGGCCUGGCGGAGAAAGGACCCAAGCCUCUGAGCUUCGUGGCCGGCCAGCGGGUGUCCAACGGCCUCCCCUCCACCGCGCCCCAGAGCCCCACUGAGACCACUGGGACCCCCGGGGCAGGCUCCCAGGACACGGCCUCUGGCUCCGGCGGUGGCGGCGCCGGUGGGACCAACGCCGUGCCGACCGGAGGACUCAGGACUCUGGUGGUGCAGCAGAUGAGCCUGGAGAGACCCCGGGAGACAUGGAGCAAGAAGAUGGACUUCCUGCUGUCGGUGAUCGGCUACGCUGUGGACCUGGGCAACGUGUGGCGCUUCCCCUACAUCUGUUACCAGAACGGAGGAGGUGCCUUCCUUCUGCCCUACAUGCUGAUGGCAGUGUUCGGGGGGGUGCCCCUCUUCUACAUGGAGCUGGCCCUGGGUCAGUUCCACCGCAGCGGCUGCAUCUCCAUCUGGAAGCACAUCUGCCCCAUCUUCAAAGGGAUCGGCUUCGCCAUCUGCAUCAUCGCGCUCUACAUCGCCUUCUACUACAACACCAUCAUGGCGUGGUCCCUGUACUACCUGCUCUCCUGCUUCCGGCCCACCCUGCCGUGGGCCUCCUGCUCCAACAGCUGGAACACGGCCAACUGCAAAGUCUACACCCACACGGACCGCAACGUCAGCUGGUCCAACUCCUCCACCUCCCCCGCCGAGGAGUUCUAUACGCGUCAGGUGCUGCAGGUCCACCUGUCCCCAGGCCUCCACCAGCUGGGCUCCGUCAGCUGGCAGCUGGCCCUCUGCCUACUCUUCAUCUUCACCAUUGUCUACUUCAGCAUCUGGAAGGGAGUCAAGACCUCGGGCAAGGUGGUGUGGGUGACGGCCACCUUCCCCUACCUGGUCCUCCUGGUGCUGCUCGUCCGUGGGUGCACCUUGCCAGGGGCCUGGAGGGGCGUGGUCUUCUAUCUGCAGCCGGAUUGGCAGAAACUGCUCAGCACUACAGUGUGGGUUGAUGCAGCUGCCCAGAUCUUCUUCUCUCUGGGUCCUGGUUUCGGCGUGCUCCUGGCCUUCGCCAGCUACAACCCAUUCCACAAUAACUGCUACAAGGAUGCAUUGCUGACCAGCUCUGUGAACUGCCUCACCAGUUUCCUGUCUGGGUUUGUCAUCUUCACUGUGCUGGGAUACAUGGCCGAGAUGAGACAGCAGGACGUGAGCGCAGUGGCCAAGGAUGCGGGUCCCAGUCUGCUAUUCAUCAUCUACGCCGAGGCCAUAGCCAACAUGCCCGCCUCCACCUUCUUCGCUGUCAUCUUCUUCCUCAUGCUGAUCAUGCUGGGUCUGGACAGCACGUUUGCCGGUUUAGAGGGAGUGAUCACAGCCAUGAUAGAUGAGUUCCCCCAGCUGCUGGCCAAGAGACGGAAGCUGUUUGUCUUCGGCCUGGUGUGUGUGUGCUACCUGGGAGCUCUCUCCACCCUCACCUAUGUAAGUAGUGAGUUAGUAAGUCUGUUUGAGGAGUACGCCACUGGCCCCGCCGUCAUCACCGUAGUCCUCCUGGAGGUCAUCGCCGUCUCCUGGUUCUACGGUACCGACCGUUUCUGUAGGGAUGUCCAGCUCAUGCUAGGGAUCUACCCAGGUUGGUUCUGGAGAGUUUGUAAAACAAUCGCUUGUGUGUUCGUCCUCUUCCAUCUCAUCAUCAUUAGUUUCCUGGCCUUCCCGCCUGAGGUGCGGUUGUUUGACUACCAGUACCCAGCGUGGACCAACGUGCUGGGCUACUGCAGAGUCUCCUCCUUCAUCUGCGUCCCCACCUACAUGGUCUACUACUUGUUGAGGGCCAAGGGCUCCUUCAAACAGCGUCUAUUGAAGAGCAUCACUCCGGUGCCCAGCAGCGAAGGACACCGGGACUACAUCGUCACCAACGCCGUGUGACCCCAGCCUGACCAAGGAAGUCGGCUCUGUAGCCUUCCAGAGUGCCCUCUUGUGGAAAUCCCGUGCCACUACAGCACAAAGGAGCCUUAACAGCAUCUCUGCCUCUUACAAAUAUAGCCUAUUAUAUUUUGUUCUGUUUGUAUGUCUCACGUCCCAGUGUAGUACAACCAGAGGUAGGGAGGUCACCUACAAAAAACACACUUGAGUGUUGUUUGGUUUGUUUUGGUUUGUUUUGGUUCAAAACAAGGCCGGUUUUGUCUGGCCCUAUUGGCCGUUGCUGCCUUCUAUGGUGAGUGUGUGUGUGGAGUGUAGGGCUCUCUCUGUAUCCAACCCAAGCACCCCUGUCACUCUGACUCCUCUUUUAUGUAUACAUGGUGUUGUUCAUCACAGGUUCACCAUCAUUUUCAAGGUAUCUGAUGGCAUAUAUUAAUGCAUUUUUAAGAUAUAUUGAGUAAAAUACAAACGAUGCACAUUUAUACUAAAUACAAAGUCACUUUUUGAUUGUAGUCUUCGCCAUGGACUUUUAUUUUCCUAAGCAAUGCAUACCAUUACAAACUAUAACUUUAUCAGUUUUUAGGCAAGACAUUCAUAGCAUAAGCUUUCGGUCGAACUGUAAUGUUUUUAUUUGAAGUCAAGCAUCGAAUAUGUAGCAAGAUUCAGGUAUCCUUUUACAUCUGUUACUAAGCCAAAUACAUGAUGUGUUUUAAUGCUGUUAUUUAUAAAUACAGUUGCCUCAGUAAUGUAGCUAUUAUUAUUAUUAUUAUGUGUUGUUGUUGCUGUGUACCAGUACACCUGCCAGGUGUGUAGACAAGCAAAAUAUACUUUACAAAGGUUUGCCGACACUGUGAACUUGCUCGUUUUAUCAAUAGUGUGUGUAUGUGUUUGUGUGUGUGUGUGUGUGUGUGUGUCCAUGAUUGCACCAUUGACAUUAAAGGUGUGGUGUUCUCUCACCAUAAGUAAGUUUGCUUGACUGUGUGUGUGUGUGUGUGUGUGUGUGUGUGUGUGUGUGUGUGUGUGUGUGUGUGUGUGUGUGUGUGUGUGUGUGUGUGUGUGUGUGUGUGUGUGUGUGUUUGUUUGAUAUAAAGAAACAGGACUGACUGUUAUAGUUUCCAAUAGUAAACACAGGACUCAUAGAUGAGACCAUGUGUGCGAUAUUCUAUUGUUGCAAUAUAAAGUGUAUUUAUUUAAGUAUCAUAACUGCAAAUACAUACAUAACAAGGCACUGAUUGUUUACUUUUUAUUUCAUCCACUAAUUGUCAUUGUCUCAUUCAUACUCAAUAGAUACCAAAUAUAAAUCAUUUUAACACCUAUCAGUGUCAUCCAACCCGUAUAACUGCUUAUUAUUUUCAACCAAAUCAUGUGGGUUCUUGUGUGCGUGUGUUUGUGUGUGUGUGUUUCUGUUUUUGUCAUGCAUUAGGAAUGCAAAGAUACACAAAAAAUACAUUCAAUAUGCGCUUACAUUUUGAUGCUCCAAUUCAAUUCCAUUGUGCAUUCUAUAUGUCCUACAAUAUGCUAAACAUAGGGCUUUACGGAAACACAGACACACAAGUUCCUUUGCUUGUCCAAUACGCAACACUUGAAAGGAGCUGUGUGUAUUUUAUAAGUGUUCUAUAAAAGCGUUUUAAAGAAAAAUGCAUUGUAUCAAAUACUAUCUUUUUUGAUUUAGAAUUGGAAUCAUCCCGCCCUCGUGUGUGUGCAUGUCUGUGUGUAGGAACAGGAGGAUAAAAAAAGAUGGCUGUACUGUACAUGUACACGUUCAUAUCUCGUAAGUCUGGUAUCGGUGUCGUUAAUCUACCUUGUCUCCUUCUUCACUCAAUGCCUGAAUGUCAGUGUGUUUGUGUGUGUGUGUACGUGUGUUUGUGAGUUUGUACGCACGCUUCCGUCCAUGUGUGCACAAUUGUAAUUGGGCAAGGCGUGCAAAUUAUAAUGAAAAAACUAAAACUGUCCAGCUGUUGAAGGGUGAUGUGUAAGGGACUGAAUGCAGUUCAAAGAUGUGAGUGUGUAUGUGUGCGGGACGUGUGUGUGUGUGUGUGUGUGUGUGUGUGUGUGUGUGUGUGUGUGUGUGUGUGUGUGUGUGUGUGUGUGUGUGUGUGUGUGUGUGUGGUGUGUGUGUGUGGGUGCGUGCAUUGUGUCCUCUUGCCUUGUCAACUGCCAAAAUAGCUAAUGAUGGAAAUGAUUCCCUCUGCCCCUCUCUCUCUCUCUCUCUCUCUCUCUCUCUCUCUCUCCUCUCUCUCUCUCUCUCUCUCUCUCUCUCUUUCUCUUUCUGUCUGUAUGUGUCUCUUUCUUUCUCCCUCACUUAAGCUUCUAUAAAAUCUAUGUAUGUUGUUGACAGAUUGUAAUGACCGUAAAGCCUGUAUAGAAAAACGAUAUAUGAAAUAUCAAAUGAUAAAUAUAUGAAAUAUCAAAUAAUAAAUAUGUAUGAAAUAUCUAACUUA